AUGGCCCAUUUGAAUUUGUGGUCACUCACCCAGCCUGUGGGCAUCAUUCGAAUAUUGGCAGCCAUCCUCACUUGCAUCUGCUUUAGCCUUGUGGCGACGGUGGGCUACAGCUCAUCUCCCUACUGGGCGUGGUGCAUGUUCACCUGGGUCUUCUGCUUCUUCUUCACCCUUCUCAUUCUCAUCCUGGAGUUUACAACUGUCAGUGCCAAGUUACCUUUCGCCUGGGAUGACUCCACCGCUGCCUUUGCUAUACUGGCGAGCCUCAUGUGCUUGGCCACCUCCAUCAUCUACCCCACCUUUUUCACCUGCAACACCUGCCACCGCGAGAUCGGUGCAUCUGUGAUAUCCUGGCUCUGUUUCGGGGUGUAUGCAGGUGAGGUGGCCCUGACACGCCUUCGCCCGAGUGGACAGAACAGUGGGUUUCUCUCCACAUUGCCCGGUAUAAUGAAGAUACUGGAGACCUUCCUCGCCUGUCUCAUCUUCAUGUCCCUGGAGAGACAGCAGUAUGUCGGCUCCCCGGGACUGCAGUGGUGCGUGGCUGUGUACUCCUUGUGUUUCAUUUUUUGCAUCAUUAUAAUCCUGCUCACCAUUGGACAGCUGACCUCUAUUCCAUUCUCCUUUGACAAACUGGUUAUUGUUUAUAACAUUUUGGCAGCAGUGAUGUAUUCGACAGCUAUGGUGAUAUGGCCACUGUACAGUUUCUCCAACAAUAAGAGACCUAAUAACUGUGGCCACCUUUGUCCCUGGGAUAAAUUAGUGAUGGUCACCUUCAUGACCAUCUUCAACUUCAUUGUUUACACUCUGGACUCUGUCUACUCCAUACACCUUGUGUUCUUUGUCAGUAACCAGUGAAAAUACUGCUUAUCAAACAUGAACUGAAAACAAAAUGUGUUUGAAUCAAAGUGAACAGGCUGGUUUUGGACAGGGUCUCUGUUUUAUAUUGUGCCUAUAGGCCAUUCUGUAAACUUUAAGCCUUUUCUUUAGUGAUUUAUUUUGUUGUUGUUUUAGACAUGAUGCUGACUCCAAAAUAUUUUCUGCAAAUGUUUCUCAUCAAACAUGAAUACUUACAAUAUUGAAAUGUUGGGUGCCCAAUAUAAUAUGUACAAAGAAGUAGAGUUAGUUAAUGAUUAAAGCUGUAGUAUCACUCUCAUAAAAAUAAAAAAUUGCCUGGUAGAACUUUGGAUCCUGAUACACUGAGUGAUCAAACAGUGCGGGUAAUAAUACUGAGCUCAUACUUUAGUUUAUUACAGUGUGACAGUCAAAUUAUGCCACAAGUGAAUCCAAGUGUGUUUCCACAUUCAUGCGUCUCAU